AUGAUGAUGAUGAUGACGAUGAUGAUGAUGAUGAUGAUGAUGAUGAUGCUGAUGAUGAUGAUGAUGAUGAUGAUGAUGAUGAUGAUGAUAACGGUGAUAAUGGUGGUGGUGGUGGUGGUGAUGGUGGUGGUGGUGUUGGUAGUGGCGAUGAUAAUGAUGAUGAUGAUGACGAUGACGAUUAUGGAAACUAGAAGACAGAAACGAAUAAAAAUGAUGAUGACGCCUUCAUACAGAUAUUGA